AUGAGCUUUCAGCAUUUUAGGUUGUCGACGCCCAUAAUAGCUCAGCCUACAACAUUUGAUAAGGAUACUGCCGCCGAAACACCACCAUCUACGUCUACUUUCGUGCAAGCGCUUGCCCAGCAACAAACAGUAUUGCACAGCAGUCUGCAGCUACUGCACUCUCACCUACCAACUGGACCAAAAAAAGGCCCAUAUGGGUCCGGAGAUGCUGAUGAUGGAUACACGAUGGUUUUCCCGUCCGAGACAGCUUUUCAAGAAUGGCGCCGGCAAGAAGAGGAGGGGAAGAUGGUCGAGUUCGUGAAAGGCGAUACCCAUGGCUCGAAAGCAGUUCCUCCACGGUUCAAGGAUCAUACCAAACUGGUGUGCGCGCGACAUAGUAGGACUGGGAGGAAAAAGUACAUCAAAAAGUUUCCCGACAGGGUGAGGAAGAUACCCAGCCGGAAGCUCGAUGGAAUGGGAUGUCCUGCUUCAAUCAGUUAUAAAACAUACUUCGACACCGAAGAAGUCCGCGUGAUGUACUUCUCGGAGCACUCACACGAGAUCGGACUCGCCAAUCUUCCAUUCACUAAACGGGGGAGAAAGGCACAAGCUGAACAGCAAACGCGCGCCAGACGACGGCCUGGAGCUACAACAGAGGACACUCCUUCAUCGAGUAGCCCACCGUCUACAACACCACCCUUGCUGCUCCCCGCGAAUGCCGUGGGUGAUCCGUCACCCGUGCCUUCCAAGUCAAACGCUAUCGCCGGUCCGUCCAGCAUGCCUCACCCGAUUGACAUCUCCGCGUCGUCGUCCAUGUCUCCGGAAGUUGAGAGUACGCCGCCAUCUGCGUCGAUCUCACAUUCAGGACAGGCUUUCCAAUCUGCUGUGACAAUGGUCGCACCGCUACCGCUACAGCAUGGGUCGCAACAUCCACUGGACUUAUCGCAGGAGCGGUGGGACCGGAUGAGUGUUCUGUUCGGCAGCAUCAGAGAGCACGCGCGCUCCCUCGAGUAUCCCCCGGCAUCUGUGGCGGCGCUAGAAUGUGUACUGGUGCGCUUGUAUUUGGAGAGUCCAAUGGCAGGAAUGAGUCCUCCACAGGGAGGGAUGGUAGGUAUGGACUUGGGUAUGACUGUUAUGAAUGAGAUUAGCGAAAUUGGGAAUUCAAGACACCUGGGUACCUAA